AGUUAGGGUUAGGUUUUUGCUGAUUUUACUUAUUUUUCUCAUUUGAAAUUCCCCCGAAGUCUCAUUUGGGUCCUCUCCAGUUUUUAGCCUUUCGGGUGAUUCACCGUUCAUCUUAAAGAACCCAUGUUUUUGUUUGAUUGGUUUUAUGGGAUUCUUGCUUCUCUUGGGCUGUGGCAGAAAGAGGCCAAGAUCUUGUUUCUUGGCCUCGAUAAUGCCGGUAAAACGACGCUGCUUCAGAUGUUGAAAGACGAGAGAUUAGUUCAGCAUCAGCCAACUCAGCACCCAACAUCAGAGGAGUUAAGUAUUGGGAAAAUCAAGUUUAAGGCUUUUGAUUUAGGAGGUCAUCAGAUUGCUCGUAGAGUUUGGAAAGAUUACUAUGCCAAGGUGGAUGCAGUCGUCUACCUGGUAGAUGCAUAUGACAAGGAGAGGUUUGCUGAGUCGAAAGCGGAGCUUGAUGCUCUUCUCUCUGAUGAGGCCUUGGCAAAUGUUCCAUUCCUUGUUUUGGGAAAUAAGAUUGAUAUUCCAUAUGCUGCAUCUGAAGAUGAGUUGCGAUAUCACCUUGGCCUGACCAACUUCACCACUGGCAAGGGUAAGGUCAAUUUGAGUGACUCAAGUGUUCGACCCCUUGAGGUAUUCAUGUGUAGCAUUGUCCGCAAAAUGGGUUAUGGGGAUGGAUUCAAGUGGCUUUCUCAGUACAUCAAGUAGAAACUUAUAAUUUGCUUUGUUUUAACAUUUUUUUAAAUGUUGUUACAAAAUGAAUUGAGUGGGCACAUUUACUUUUCAUGUUGGAGAUACUCAUUUUCCCCCCUUUUCCCUUAUGAAAUGAACAAAGCCUAUGAUAAGAAUGAGACUUGUUAUGUUAACGAGAGCUAUACUGGAAGGUACUUUAAUUUGUUGUUUUA